AUGAAUCCGCGUUGGCAGCUGGUCUUACAAACGAUGAAUUCAGUUUUGUUGAUUGGAGGAUCUGGCUUCCUUGGUUUACACUUGAUAGAGCAGUUUUCUAGACGUAGUCCAAAUACCAAGAUUCAUGUAUUUGAUGUGCGGCCAUUGCCAGAAAAGAUCUCAAAAUAUUUCACCUUCGAUCCCAAAAGCGUUACCUUUCAUGGAGGAGAUAUUACAUCGGAAGACGACUUGUCAGAUGCUAUUAAAGGUUCCAAAUGCGAUGUCAUAGUACACUCCGCAUCACCAAUGCAUGGUGCUCCUCAACAGAUUUAUAAUAAGGUCAAUGUUGAGGGAACUAGAACCUUGAUAUCCGCAGCCAAGAAACAAAACGUUAAAGCAUUGGUUUACACGUCCUCUGCAGGUGUUAUAUUCAAUGGUCAAGACGUAAUGAAUGCAGAUGAAUCUUGGCCGUACCCAGAAGUGCAUAUGGACGGUUACAAUGAGACAAAGGCCAUUGCUGAAACAGAAGUCUUAAAAUGCAAUGAUAUUGACGGCCUUGCAACCGUAUGCUUGCGUCCAGCGGGAAUCUUUGGACCUGGUGAUCGUCAGCUUAUCCCGGGCUUGCGAGGAGUCCUCAAGAUGAAACAGACAAAGUUUCAGGUUGGUGACAACAAUAAUCUUUUUGACUGGACUUAUGUUGGCAAUGUUGCGGACGCACACGUUUUGGCGGCUCAAAAAAUCCUCAGCUCAUCAACGAGAUCCCAAGUGGCAGGCGAAGUGUUCUUGAUUACUAACGAUCAGCCUACUUACUUUUGGACUCUAGCGCGAACGGUUUGGAAAGCUGAUGGCCAUGUGGAUAACUACAACAUUGUGUUACCGCGCACCAUCGCAUUAGGCAUUGGCUAUAUUUCUGAACUAGUUGCAAGCAUAUUGAAGAAGGAAGCCGGCUUGACGCCAUUUAGAGUGAAAGUGGCGUGCGCUCACAGGUAUCAUAAUAUUCUGAAAGCAAAAGAAGUUCUUGGUUACAAACCCGAGGUCAGUAUUGACGAAGGAAUACGCUACACUUUGGAUUGGAUGGACGAGAGUAGAAACUGA